AUGGACAACUUUGAACACAUUGCCAACAUAUCGAAAGGGGGCACGAUUGCCAUAGUGGUAGUGUGUAUCACCUUUAUUGACCAGAUUGAGAAAGUGAGGAACAAGUUCCUGCUUGGUUCCAUCAUUAGCUACGCCUGCUUGAUGUUCAUCGCGACGAUAACCGUGAGCAAAGCGUGGGAGAGCCUCAUCGUUGGGAACUUCGAAAAGUUUGCGAACCUCAUGAUAGUCACCCAGGUCACCUACGUUGGUGCCUUUACGUCGCUCGUAUUUCACAGCGCCUAUCGUGCGACCUUAAUUCUGGCUCCAAGGUUUCCUCAUACUGCGAAAGCGGCGACUUGUGUGGCCUUGACACAAGGCUUCAUUCACGGGGCAGCUUCGUACUACUGGGGAAUGAAUAUCAAAGCAAACUACGGAACGUUGCGAUCUGAGAUCUCUUCGAGGAUGGAGAUCGUCGUUCUGAUUUACUACAGCCUCGUCGAAUCAAUCCUAUUCUUGAUGAUUCAGUACAAGAUAAUUCAAGUCAAAGCAGCCACUCUAAAAUCCGGAGACACAAACAAGAUUAAACUUGUGCUCUACGCGAAAGGGCUGCUGAGGUCCGCAGCCUACAUAGUGAACAUUGCACUCAUUUAUGUUUCGCUCGGGAACAUCAUUCCGUACUUGAAAAAUUGGAACUAUCCAAUUCUCUGUCCAUCCUUCAUUUUGAUGAUUAUUCUCACGGACUCGACUCGUUUCCAAGAGUGCAUUGAAAAGCUUUCUCCCAGCACGACGACGACGACGACAUCCAACUCGAAAAAGCCGACAGAUUCAACAAUAGCAAGGACCAAGACCACGGAUGACAAAGGACCUACCAUUAUCGCUUCAAAGCGGGAUACUAUGAGCGAAGACCACAAUGUGUGA